AUGUUUAAUCCACAUGUCUUAGAUGUUCCAGCGGUAAUUUUUGACAAUGGUUCUGGAGUCUGCAAAGUAGGGUAUUCUGGAGAGACCGGACCUCGUCAUAUCAUCAGCUCUGUCAUAGGCUAUCCUAAAGUUAACAUUCCUUCUGAAAGAGGCGAUAAGAAGAAGUACUUUGUGGGGGAGGAAGCCCAGUACAAGUAUGAGACAUUAUAUUUGCACUACCCCAUUGAACGUGGACUGAUAACAGGAUGGGAUGACAUGGAGCAUCUCUGGCAACAGCUUUUUGAGUGCCGCCUGGGAGUAAAACCCUGUGACCAAGCUGUACUCAUGACGGAGCCCUCCUUGAAUCCAAGGGCGACUCGAGAGAAGCUUGCUGAAAUGAUGUUUGAGAACUAUAAUGUGCCUGCUUUCUACCUGUCCAACCAUGGUGUGGUAACUCUCUAUGCCUCUGCCUACAUCACGGGCCUGGUGGUGGACAGUGGACAUGGGGUCACCUGCGCUGUCCCCAUCUUUGAGGGUUACGCCCUGCCUCAUGCAGUCACCAAGCUCUAUGUGGCAGGGAGGGACAUCACAGAGCACCUCACCCAGCAACUGUUUGCUAGAGGAUGUCCUUUUCCUUGCAUGUUUAACAAGGCCUUGGUGAACGACAUUAAAGAAAAGCUGUGCUAUAUUGCACUGGAGCCAGAGAAAGAGCUAUGCAAGAAGCCCGAGGAAGUCUUUCGAGAAUACAGACUUCCAGAUGGGAAUAUCAUCCACAUUGGACACCAGCUACACCAGGUACCAGAAGUUCUCUUUGCACCCGACCAGCUAGGCAUCCAGAGUCCAGGACUCUCAAAAAUGGUCUCCAGCAGCAUUAUGAAAUGUUCCGCAGAUAUACAGAAAAAGCUUCUUGGAGAGAUUGUAAUGUCUGGGGGCACCUCUCUUUUUCCUGGACUGGAGGAAAGGCUCAUGAAAGAACUGGAUCAACUGACUUCUGAAGGGACCCCGAUCAAGAUCACAGCUUCUUCUGAUAGACGUUUUUCUGCAUGGAUUGGUGCAUCCAUAAUGACCUCUAUAAGCACUUUCAAGCAGAUGUGGGUCACCUCUGCAGAAUUCAAGGAGUUUGGUGCAUCUGUCAUCCACAGAAGAUGCUUUUAA